CUUCCCUCACUGUUAGCAGAAACAGUUGCUAAGCUACUAGCCCUCCACCACGGCGUGCCACCCGUCCUUUGUGUCUGAUCUCAACCCCCUGGGAUGAUCCGUGUUGUUUAACUCACUCGAUUUCGAGUCUUUUGGAGAGAAAAGGCAAAGCCCGCGCACUUAUUUCUCUUUCCACCCAGGGUUGAGUGUUGUUUUUGUGAAUCCCACACUACAGAAAUAUGGCGGACGGCGGGCAUUAUUACAACGAGCAUGAUGACAGAACUGCCCCAUAUCGCAACCGCAAAGGAAGAGGCCACAAGGGUCGGGCAUUUGACAGGUCCCGCAGAGAUCGUCAGCGGGGAAGCCACUCAGGAGGGUUUGGAGGUCCUGGACCCCGCUCCAGACUUGACGAGGGAGAUGGCGACAUAACUAUGAGUGACAGCUCUCAGGACAGUAACUCCCAACACAGAUUCAACCCAUACGGAAAACCGUUUCGUAAAAGAGAUGGGCGGUUUGACAGAGACAGACAACAAGGCAAAGGAGGUGGUGGUGGUAGAGGAGGUGGGGGCAACGGUGGCUUCAGAGGAGACAGAGGUGGGGGAGGCCCCAAAGCGCGGUCAGGCUGGUACAAAGUCACGAUACCACAUGGAAGAAAAUAUGAUAAGAAAUGGUUAGUGACGGCACUCCAGAACAUCUGUACAGUUCCUUACGCACCUGUUCAGUACCACGUUGACCACAAUAGGGUCCAUUUCUAUGUGGACGAUUCUGCUGCUGCCACUGCUUUACACAAAUGUUCGCACAAGAUUACAGACACGGAUGGUUAUAAGGUGGAGGUGCAUGUCAACCCAAGUGAUCCACCAUCCUUCCUUCAAUCUGACCUAAAGCCAGAACAUUUGGAACACUUGAAGCAAUGCAUGGCAAAACGUUUUGAUGGUUCCCAACAAGCACUGGACUUGAACAAUAUUCGAACAGACCCAGACCUGGUGUCCCAAAACAUUGAAGUUAUCUUGAACAGGAAAACAAACAUGGAGGCUGUCAUUAAGAUAAUUGAAGAAAACAUUCCUGAGCUGACAAGUUUGAACCUGAGUAACAACCGCAUUCACAAACUGGAUGAGCUCGCUGAAUUGGUUACCAAAGUGCCGAAUAUGAAGACCCUCAAUCUAUCUCACAACGAGUUGAAGUCGGACCGGGAGCUGGACAAAUUGAAAGGCCUCAAGCUGGGGGAGCUGUGGCUAAACCGGAACCCCCUGUGUGACCUCUUUAAGGACCAGGCUGCAUAUGUCAGUGCUGUGCGACAGAGGUUUCCCAGGAUUCUGAAACUGGAUGGUCUGGACCUUCCCCCACCCAUCGGAUUUGAUGUUGAGACGCCCACCACCAUCCCCCCCUGCAAGGGCAGCUGCUUUGGCUCAGACGAAAUCAAGGUCCUCAUCCUCCGGUUCAUACAGCAGUACUACAGUAUAUACGACUCGGGGGACAGACAACCUCUUCUGGAUGCUUACCAUGACGGUGCAUCGUUAUCCCUCACAACACCUUACUCCACCCAGAACCCCUCGAGGAGCAGUUUGGGGGAGUAUUACAAAGACAGUCGAAACCUGAAGAGGAUCAAAGAUACAACAAUGCGCUUUCGACUGCUGAAGCACACACGAUUGAAUGUGGUGGCUUUCCUCAACGAGCUGCCAAAAACGCAGCACGACAUUGCAUCUUUUACUGUUGAUGUAAACACCUACACAAACACACUACUGUCAUUUACAGUGAGCGGAGUCUUCAAAGAAGUUGUCGUUGAUGGGAAGUCACGAGAAUCCACAAUGGCCUUCUCUCGUGUUUUUAUAACAGUUCCGGCAGGAAAUUCUGGUUUGUGCAUCGUAAAUGAUCAGCUUUUCAUCCGGAUGGCAACAACCGAGGAGAUCCGCAGAGCAUUUGUGGCUCCUGCCCCGACUCCCUCUUCCAGUCCCGUCCCAACACUCACUGCACCGCAGCAAGAGAUGCUCACAGCCUUCUCAGUGAAGUCAGGCAUGAACCUGGAAUGGUCGCAAAAGUGCUUGCAAGACAAUGAGUGGGAUUUCAACAGAGCGGCACAGAUCUUCACACAGUUAAAGACAGAAGGGAAGAUCCCAGAUGCAGCCUUCUUAAAAUGAAGAGUUUAGUGGAACAGCUGUGAAAUAAAAUUUGCUGUAAUUUUA